GCUCCGGAGCUGCAGCCGGUUAUGGUGCGCAUGCGUACUGUGGCAGUACUGCAGCAGCUGUCAACAGAGUGCAGGAAUGUGAGGACUGUCUCUCAGCUGUAAACACUCUUUAAAGUAGACUAGGUGUUCCCGUGUCUGUCUGUUAAACUCUCAAAAAUGUCUCCCGGACGAUGAUGGACUGUCCGGCCCCCUGAGGACACGGGUUGCUCGGCUCUCUGGUCGUCGUCAUGGCCUCACUGACCGUCAGCUCGGCGGCUCGGAGCCUCGAGAAGCAUCGGAAGUCCUUCUCGCUGGUCUUCUACCGGGCGGUGCGGGACCUGAAGCCGGUCUGGUUGCUGGAGGACAUACGGACCAUGGAGACUUUCUACCCAGACGAGGACGCUAGUCAGCGGACUUAUACCCCUUCCGAGGCGCUGCUCUACGCGAUAGUCCACGACCACCAGGCGUACGCCCAGUACCUGCUCAGCCGGUACACCCAGGAGGCGUUAGCGAAGCCCGGGGAGCGCUUCUGCUGCUGCCCGUCCUCCGCCCCGCACCUCUCCAUGGCGGUCCGCUACGACAGGCGCUACAUCCUCAGCCUCAUCCUGCAGGAGAAUCACCGGGUCCCUAGCACGCCCCCCUACACGGACCAAACGGGCUGCUUCCACAUGGACGACGGGAGGACCCCUCUCCACCUGGCCUGUGAGCUCCAGCGGCCCGAGGCGGUGGUCAUGCUGCUGGGGAGUGGAGCCUCCCCGCACGCCCUGGACCACAACGGCCUGACCCCGCUGGAUGUGAUCUUGGACAAGCUCCGGGACUCGGCGGGGGGGAGCGGCGGGGACAGGCGGCAGUGUCUCGACAACCUGCUCCUGUUCAUGCCCACAGUCCGCUUUAAGAUGGAGGCAGUUCUGAGCAGGGAGCCUGACCGCUGGACCAAGGUGCUUGGGGAGAACACCUACAAGUACCUGUCCGGACGGAGGCCCGCCCCGCUGGUCCUCAGCGCCAUGCAGACUGUCCUGAAGCAGCUGAGCCCCGCGAGCUUCCCGGACUGCCUGCACCAGCUGCCCAUCCCUUCCUCCCUAAAACCGGCCGGCCUGCCUGUGAGCCAGCGGGACAGGCCGAGGCCGCUGUAGCAUCCGGGGCAUCAUGAUGCAUGCUCUGUGUGGUCUGUUUUAGCAUGAUGUGUGUGAGUGUGUUUGAAACGCCUGUGUGGCUAUAAAGCAGUAACACUUUAAUAUAAAGCUGCACGAAUAAACAAUAACAGUCAGGGAACAAAAGAAAGAAACCUGUGAGUUUGAUCUCACUGGCUGAAUGACCUGAGAAAAGAGGAAUCAACAGCCAUAAUCUGUGACUUUGACACUAAUUCAGGCAUAAAGGAUCAGUUUAUAUUUCUGACCUCUUGUUACUAACAUGUACUACUGCUGUUUAAUGCACUGUGUUAUCAGAGUACAUACGGUGGCUCUGAAGGUCAACUGCAAAAUCAUUUCACAAAACGCCAAAAUAUUUAAUAAAAUGCCCAAAUGUUGCACAAUGAGUAAAACUUAAACCAUGAUUUAUCUUUGUGUUUCAUGAUUUGUUUUUUGCAUAACUCAUUAUAAUUGUGUGCUUACCAAAAUGAUUUAGAAUUUUGUGUAAUGUUUUUGCAUUUUACGAAAUGAUUUUGUGCUUUAUGAAAUGUUUGGCACAUGAAAUGUUUUUGUGUUUCAUGUGAAAAAGUUUUUCAUUUCAUGAAAGAUUUUUGCAUUUAGUGAAAUACUUUUUGCUAUCGUUGAAACAAUUUGCACUUAGUGAAAUGUUUAUGCUGUUGACUUUCAUGGCCACCAUUGAGCAACACUGGUGACAGUCUACAUGAACUAUAUCGAUUUAUUUAUUUAGCUUGUAUUUAACAGAUUAGCGUCGAACAAACUGAUUUUUUAAAUCUUUUAAAAUGCGACUUUGGAUGCCGGAUUGUUUUGAAUAAACAGGAGUCCAAGUCAUGA